AGACAGGGUGGUACUUGGCUUGAAUGGAACAUUGGGAGACAUUCCUCGCAUAGUUUUGGAACAAUUCACCCCAUAGGCUACGUCAGACCUCUUUCGGGUAUAAAAAAUGAGAGGCUACACCAGCGGACUAUAUAUACCUUGUAAUUCACUCUGUAGUUAAACCUACACUGCGUGCACCGUGUCUGGAAUAAUCAAUCUAAAGGAGCCUUUUUCUUUAUUAAGGAAGAUAAGAAGACUAUUUCACUAGACAUGAAUAUGUUGAUGCUUUCCUUAGUUUUUUUCCUUUAUGGGAGUUUUACUUCGGCAUCUGCAUCUUGUCCCUCCGAAUGUUCGUGUCCUCUUGAGUUAGCCAGGUGCGCUCCAGGAAUCAGCCUCGUGCCAGACGGCUGUGGAUGCUGCAAAGCUUGCACGCGGCAGCUCAAUGAGGACUGCAGCAAGACCGAGCCAUGCGACCACGUCAAGGGACUGGAGUGCAACUUUGGGGCUGGUUAUGGCACAGCUAAAGGCAUCUGUCGAGCCAAAUCAGAUGGAAGACCCUGUGAGUACAACAGCAAGAUCUACCAGAAUGGAGAGAGCUUCACUGCCAACUGUAAGCACCAGUGUUCAUGCAUGGAUGGUGCCUUGGGGUGUGUGUCCCUGUGCCCCCAGCAGCUCUCCCUGCCAAAACUGGGCUGUGCCAUAUCCAAGCUGUUCAAAGUGCCCGGUCGCUGCUGUGAGGAGCUGGUCUGCCCUGAGAAGGGGAAAGCCUCAGUAGACAAGAAGGUCAGCAAAGAUGGCCGCAAGGAUAAACAUUCUGAUGAUGACUUCACAAAGAGAAACGAGCUGGUGUCUUUCAUCGGAGGAGGACUCAAGUCUUUAGCUGCUUUCAGGAGUAAGCCUGAGAGUCGCUUGAUGUCCAAGGGGAACAGGAGGUGUGUGGCUCAGACCACAGCCUGGUCCCCCUGCUCUAAGUCCUGUGGUUCAGGAGUUUCCUCCAGGGUCAGCAACAACAACAGCCAGUGCAAGCUGGUGAAGGUGACUCGUCUCUGUGAGGUCCGCCCAUGCUCCCAGUCAUCCUACUCAUUCCUGAAGUGUAAUCGCAUUGCGAAGGCCAGCCGUCCAGUGACGCUAACCUAUGCAGGCUGCAGCAGCGUGAAGAAGUUCCACUCCAGGUACUGUGGUUCUUGCCUGGACGGGCGCUGCUGCACCCCUCAGCAGACCCAGACUGUGGCCGUUCGCUUCCGCUGUGAGGACGGAGACACUUUCAGCAAGGACGUCAUGGUCAUAGAGUCCUGUUCAUGUGACUUUAACUGUUCCCAUAACAACGAGAAGCUCUCUGGGCUCUCCAAUGGUAUCCGCAAAUCCAGAGACUGAGGGGAAGGUUUAGGGUUCCACACCCUGUAUGAACACUAGGAUUACAAAGGGGUGAGAUGACAGGGAGUAAGGAUAACUCCAUAUGUGCACUGCUAUGCUGGAGACAUUUUUGGGGGGGAUUUCUUUUUUUUGAAUGAAUUGCUUCGUAAUAUUGGAGUUAUUGGCUGCUUCGAUAUGGAGCGUAUUAUGUUGUAAUAUUUCUGUUCAAUGACAACAUGUUUUGUUUAUUCAAACAAGGCAUGAGAUGCACUCAAGUUUUGUAUGCAUGUCGAUCUUUGUGUUUAUUUGUAAAUAUGAAAACAUCUGCUUUGUGGCAGCUACUAGAAUGAUUUAAUCAUGAGAAGAUUUGUGUCAAAUAAGUGCCAUUGUUUUUAAUAUCACAACAUUAUUUAUUUCUAAAAUAGGCCAUAUUGGAAAAUAAUAUUUUCGACCAUUAGUUUUUUAAAUGUUAUUAAUAAAUGUAUGUAUUUAUGGAA